CUUUUCUAAAAAUUCAUAAACAAAGCUUCCAACUGGGGAAGAACACAAUUCGACCUGUUGUACCAACUAAGCUAAGAGAAUGAAGUCUUUCGCGGCAAAAGUGGAAGAAGGAGUCAAAGGGGAAAACGGGAAGCCGUCGGUAGGUCCUGUGUACCGGAAUCUUUUGUCGGAAAAAGGUUUUCCUCCAAUGGAUUCUGAUAUCACCACUGCUUGGGACAUAUUCUGUAAAUCUGUGGAGAAAUUCCCUGACAACAAGAUGCUUGGAUGGCGUACAAUCGUAGAUAAGAAGGUUGGGCCGUAUAUCUGGAAAACGUACAAAGAAGUAUAUGAAGAAGUUCUACAAAUUGGCUCUGCAUUGCGUGCUCUCGGAGCUGAGCCUGGGUGUCGAGUGGGAAUCUAUGGAAUUAAUUGUCCUCAGUGGAUCAUAGCAAUGGAGGCUUGUGCAGCUCACACUCUAAUAUGUGUACCCCUCUAUGAUACACUGGGUUCUGGAGCCGUGGAUUAUAUCGUUGAUCACGCGGAAAUCGAUUUUGUAUUCGUCCAAGACACCAAGAUUAAAGGGAUGCUUGAGCCAGAUUCCAUAUGUGCUAAACGUCUAAAAGCUAUAGUUUCCUUCACUAAUGUGAGCGAAGAAGAUAGCCUCAAGGCUUCAGAAAUCGGAGUCAAAACGUACUCUUGGCCCGAGUUUCUUCAUAUGGUGCCUAUUGACCAAAAAACGGAGUUAGUAGGGGUGGGCACGGAUCGGAUAUCCGGGUUUUUUAAGGGACGUGAGAAACCGGAAGAGAUUAGUCCACCUAAACCAUUUAACACAUGCACCAUAAUGUACACGAGCGGCACGAGUGGUGACCCUAAAGGUGUGGUUUUGACUCACGAAGCGGUGGCGACUUUCGUUGUUGGAGUGGAUCUCUUCAUGGACCAGUUCGAAGACAAGAUGACACAUGAAGAUGUGUAUCUGUCCUUCUUGCCGUUGGCUCAUAUUCUUGACCGUAUGAACGAGGAAUACUUCUUUCGCAAAGGGGCUUCUGUUGGCUACUACCAUGGGGAUUUGAAUGUGUUACGUGAUGACAUUCAAGAAUUGAAACCAACUUAUAUAGCUGGAGUUCCAAGAGUGUUUGAGAGAAUCCACGAGGGUAUUCAAAAGGCUCUUCAGGAACUUAACCCUAGAAGAAGAUUUAUCUUCAGUGCUCUCUACAAACACAAACUCUCAUGGUUGAAUCGUGGAUAUUCGCAUAAGAAAGCUUCACCCAUGGCUGAUUUAAUUGCUUUCAGAAAGAUUAGAGACAAAUUGGGAGGUAAAAUUCGGUUGCUAAUAUCUGGAGGAGCACCUUUGAGCCCUGAGAUUGAAGAGUUCUUGAGAGUUACUUGUUGUUGCUUUGUCCUCCAAGGAUAUGGUCUGACGGAGACUCUUGGAGGAACGGCUUUGUGUAUACCGAAUGAGAUGUGUAUGCUAGGGACAGUCGGUGUACCAGCGGUUUACAACGAGAUACGGCUUGAGGAGGUGGCUGAAAUGGGCUACAACCCACUUGGAGAAAAUCCGGCAGGCGAGAUCUGUAUAAGAGGAAAAUGUUUGUUUUCUGGUUAUUACAAGAACCCUGAGCUUACUGAUGAAGUAUUGAAAGACGGAUGGUUCCAUACAGGAGAUAUAGGUGAGAUUCAUCCAAAUGGAGUACUCAAAAUAAUUGAUCGUAAAAAGAAUUUGAUUAAACUUUCUCAAGGAGAGUACGUUGCUCUUGAGAACUUGGAAAGCAUCUACGGGCAAAACUCUGUAGUCCAAGAUAUAUGGGUUUAUGGAGACAGCUUCAAAUCAACGCUUGUCGCCGUGAUUGUUCCAAACCCUGAAAUCGUGAACCGGUGGGCUAAAGAUCUCGGAUUUAAUAAAACAUUCGAAGAACUCUGUUCUCUCUCGGAGUUGCAAGAACACAUCCUUUUGGAACUGAAGUUCACUGCAGAGAAGAACAAGCUAAAAAGGUUUGAGUACAUAAAAGCAGUGACGGUGGAGACAAAACCUUUCGACUUAGAGAGGGACUUAGUAACUGCGACGCUCAAGAAUAAGAGGAACAAUCUUCUCAAGUAUUAUCAGGUACAAGUCGACGAGAUGUACCGAAAAUUGGCAUCAAAGAAAAUCUGAAAGUAUUGCGAUGAUGUGUGCGUCCUGUUAUUGAUGAUUAUGUUAUAUAUGUAUCAAUAAUUGAUCAAAAUGACCCUUAUGGCUCUCUGUAAUGUUGUAUUUCUAAUCUACGUUGAAUGAUCACAUGCAUCAUAAUUAUUAGUAUUUUUUUUUCCCGUUCUUCCUUUAAUGUACGUAGCUCCUAAGUAUCUAGUUGUUUCCAUCAAACUACAUCUCCAAC